GCCAUAUUAGUUUUACUAUAGUCAUUAUUUGAUUCAGAUGACCGGUGGGGUUAUGAAGAAUCAUGUUACCUUCAGAAGAAAUAAUUUCAUCAAUUAAUGGAAAUGAUGUUUCAACAUUAAUGACUUCUACCGAUCUGAAUGAAGCCAAUUUAUCAAAGGCGAUUGGCAAAAAAUCAUCGGAACAGCCUAGAUUGCUUAUGCAAGCCGACGAAGCGACUUUGUCACUUUUAAUAGUUGAAAACAAUGGAAAUUCAAAUGAUAAAAACCAAUCGAAUUUAACCGAUAGUCUUACAGAUGACAAAUAUAAACAAAUUGAAAGUGUAAAAUCUGAACACACUCGUAGUGUAUUAUCUUUAAGCUAUAACCAAAAUAUUCAUCCUACUUCUUAUCUAGAUACACUUAUAAAUAUGUUGAAAGGAAAUAUUGGAUGUGGUAUUUUGGCUAUGGGAGAUGCAUUCAAAAAUGGAGGGUUACUGUUUGCAACCAUUUUUACUAUCGUCAUUAGUUUGAUCAGUGCUUACAAUCAACAUACAUUAUUGGGAUGUUCAAAAACGGUAAAAAAAAAACUUAAGCUACAACAUAAUCCAAAGUUUGCUGAGACCAUAGAAUUAUCGUUUCAAUACGGACCACAAAAAUUUCAAAGCUAUUCAGUAUUUUUUCGGAAAAGUGUUAAUAGUUUUAUAGUCAUUAGUCAGUUGGGGCUUUGCUGCGUUUAUGUUAUUUUUAUUUCGAAGUCUCUUCAGCAGGUGAUGAGUUGGUAUAACACACACGUUGAUGUGCAUUUGAGUAUACUAAUAACAAUGGUACCUGUUUUGAUUUCAUCACUUAUAAGAAAUUUAAAGUUUAUUGCUCGGCUAUCAGCAUUAGCCAAUGUGUGUAUGUUUGUUGGUAUAUUUGUAAUUCUAUAUUAUUGUACCAUUGAUUUACCACCCAUAACCUCGAGAACACCUGUUGCUCACUGGACUACUCUGCCUCUAUUUUUCGGCACCAGUAUAUUUGCAUUUGAAGGAAUUAGUUUGGUUUUACCUCUACAGCAAGAAAUGAAAAGUCCUAAACAAUUUACAAGCACAUUUGGAGUAUUAAAUGUAGGUACGGUGAUCGUUACGACCCUCUUACUAAUUACUGGUUUUAUGGGUUACUUAAAAUUUGGAGAAGCAGUACGAGGUAGCCUUACUUUAAAUUUACAAGAGGAAUUUUUAUUAUCUAAAGUCGUUAUUUCCAGUAUGAUGUUAAAUAUUCUAUGUUCAUAUUCAUUGCAGUUUUAUGUCUCAAUUGAAGUAUUAUGGCCAAUAAUUGAAAACAAAUUCGGACCAUUUAGAUCGCCUUUACUUUGGGAAAUAGGACUCCGUGUAAUAUUAGUCCUCAUUACAUUCAUCGGGGCCGAUGUUAUUCCACACUUGACGAUGUUCAUAUCGUUGAUUGGCGCCGUGGCAUGUUCGUUUCUGGCGUUGAUAUUCCCGCCGCUGUGCCAUAUUGCUGUCGUCAAUGCCGGUGACCGAGGCGACAAUAAAUACGGCCUGUUCAAGUGGCAAUUAGUGAUGGACGCGCUCACGUUAGCCUUCGGUACGAUCGGUUUCUUCACUGGAACAUAUGCUAGCGUUUACGAGAUAUAUGGCGCGUUUCGAGGGGUAACGAUAGUCACCAACAGUUCAGAUUCUACUACACAAGCUUCGUUCCUAUCUUGACGUUAUUUCUAACUCCAAGUGGCAUUUUUUGCCGAAAUAUGGUUGUUGUACAAGUAAUAUCAGUCAUUCUGUACCCACAGUAAUCACAACCACGUAUUAUAGUUGUCAUGUGUAUAAGCAUCGUGCAUUUUGUUAUUGUAUCUAUAUAAAGUAUUAUUACAAACACUUGCUUAUA